CACAUUCGCGAAGAAUCUUCACCGCAAGUGCCAUCAAUUGUUGGGACCAAAUUAAAAGAGGAAAAAAGUGCUAAUUUGUGUUGAGGAAAAAGGGGACUUUUCUUGUGCAGAAAUGUUUCACGGAAAACUUACAAUUGGAGCUCUUUUGUACCUAUCCUUGCUGAAAUUCUGUGAGAAUUCUCCGCUAAUGUCGAAUAGACGCCCACCGAUAGCUAGAAAUUCAGGAAUGAACUCCUUGAUGCUUCCUAGCAAUGCUACAUCAAUUAGGGCAGACAUUUCUGAUGGGUUCUCAUGCGAGAACCGUGACUACGGAUACUACGCCGAUGUGGCGAAUGAUUGUCAAAUCUUUCACGUCUGCCUACCGGUAAUGUUUGCGAAUCAACGGAAAUCUCGGACAUAUCAGUGGAGUUUUAUAUGUCCGGAAGAGACACUCUUCAGCCAGGAUGCCUUCACGUGUGUACGUGCUGAAGAUAUGACCAUUCGUUGUGAGGAAAGUGAAAAGUUCUACGAUCUCAAUGGGAAAUUCGGUGGAAUGAUGGAGGGUGAAGAAAUGGGGCAGUUUAGGGAUGUCACGACCACAGCUAGAGUUGAAGCAACAACCACAGCUGCGGAAGAUCCCACGAGUUCUCCCACAAUGCAGACAAUGAAGGAUGAAGGCGCCACCAAUGAGAGUGAUGUGAGAUUUGAAAUGAAUGAAGAUGCUGAUGAACUUGGCAGCAGCAGCAGCACCUCUGAGAUGAUUCUCGAAUCUCAGCCACUGAAUUCAAUGCCUGAUGGCAGUGAGAGCAUACUGCGGAACAUUGAGAGUAUUGUGGAUAAAGCUGCGAGAGAUCUCGAGAGGGUAAACGGAACAGCACCUCUGACCCGUACAAAGAGAAAAGGUCAACGGCGAAGAUUUUUGUUCGCAGCUGAUGCAUGAUUGGCGUGUCGACAUAAAAAUAAAAUACAUAAUACCUAAAUGUAUGCAUAAAAGUCUGUGAAGCACAAUUUUCUCGCCACAUUGUUUCACCUUUUACACACAUUUUUCUCUUACAUCAUACACGCCAUUUAUUUUAUACGCAAUUUUUAUAAAUUCAAAAAGUAGCAUUACCUACAUUUUCGCAUCUACAAAGUGCCACCAAAAUUAUUAAUAUUUAGAGACUAGUUCUUUGCACGCAAGAUAAUCACAAAUUACAAUUAAAAAAAAUAAGAUGGAGAUGCUGCACUAUGUAAAACAUAAAAUUACAAAUAAAUUUAUG